AUGGGCAAACUAACAAUCUUUGUUGGACUGGCUCUCCUGCUGCAUGUGCAGCUAGGAUCCUCCUACAUCCUGUCCUGCUAUUUCACUAACUGGGGGCAGUACAGACCAGGCGCUGGGAAGUACUUCCCCACCAAUGUGGACCCCUGUCUCUGUGACCACAUGAUCUAUGCCUUUGCUGGCAUGAACAGCAAUGAGAUCUCAACCUAUGAGUGGGAUGAUGUGAAGCUCUAUAAUGAGUUUGCAGCUCUGAAAAACCAGAACAGCAACCUAAAGACCCUCUUGGCUAUCGGUGGCUGGAACUUUGGGACAGCAAAGUUCAGUGCCAUGGUGGCCUCCCCUGCCAACCGUCAGACCUUCAUCAGCUCUGUUAUCAGUUUCUUGAGGCAGUAUGAGUUUGAUGGUCUCGACAUUGACUGGGAGUACCCUGGUUCCAGGGGAAGUCCUUCUCAGGAUAAGCAGCUCUUCACAAUUCUAGCACAGGAAAUGAUGACUGCCUUUGAGGCUGAGGGUAAGAAGACCAACCGUCCCCGUCUCAUGCUCACUGCUGCCGUGUCUGCUGGGAAGAGCACCAUUGAUGCCGGAUACCAGAUUCCCCAGCUUGGACAGAUCUUGGACUACUUCCAUGUCAUGACAUAUGACUUCCAUGGUUCCUGGGAGACACAAACUGGGGAAAACAGCCCCCUGUAUCGUGGACCUGCUGACCAGGGUAGUUACAUCUACUUCAACGUGGAUUAUGCCAUGACAUACUGGAAGUCCCAGGGUGCCCCUGCUUCAAAACUCCUGGUUGGUUUCCCCACCUAUGGUCACACCUUUGUGCUGGCAAGUUCCUCUAACACUGGUGUUGGUGCCCCAACAACUGGACCAGGACCAGCUGGUCCUUACACCAGACAGAGUGGCUUCCUGGCCUACUAUGAGAUCUGCACCUUCCUGAAACAAGGAGCUACUCAAGUCUGGGACACACCCCAGGAUGUUCCUUAUGCCUACAACAGCAACAAUGUCUGGGUUGGCUAUGACAAUGAGAAGAGUUACAAUAUCAAGAUUGACUGGCUGAAAAAGAAUGAGUUUGGAGGAGCCAUGGUGUGGUCUCUUGAUAUGGAUGACUUUAGCGGUACUUUCUGUGGCCAAGGGAAAAACCCUCUGAUCAACACCCUGAAGAGUGGACUUGCCGCUGCCCAGAGCUGCACUCCUCGUAAGGUCCCCUUGCCCCCUGUCAGCGGCAGUGGCAGUAGCAGUGGCAGCGGCAGUGGUAGCAGCAGUGGUGGCAGUGGCAGUAGCAGUGGUGGUAGUGGUUUCUGUGCUGGAAAGAGUGGUGGGAUCUACCCAGACCCAACCAACAAGAACCAGUUCUACGAAUGCAGCCAAGGCCGGACUUACCUGGAGAGCUGUGCUACCGGUCUGGUCUUUGACUCCAGCUGCUCCUGCUGCAAUUGGCCCUGAGGCCCUAUUUCCUUUGGAAUCCUUCUAUGAUCUUUGGUUCCU